AUGCGCGCACGGCCGCUGGCGUACGCACUACGCGAGCCGGUUGAGCGCGCGCUGGAGCAGCUGGUGCGCGACGACAUCCUCACUCCCGUCAGCCACUCAGACUGGGCUGCACCAAUCGUUCCGGUGGUGAAGAAAGAUGGGACGAUAAGAAUCUGUGCUGAUUUUAAACUAAGCUUAAACAAAGUUUUGGAGGUCGACCGUUAUCCGUUACCUAAGGUAGAAGAUCUUUUGUCUCGGUUGCACGGAGGCGAAAGGUUUAGUAAAGUCGAUUUGUCACAGGCGUACGCCCAAUUUGAGCUGGAUGAUACUAGGAAAUAUGCUGUUAUAAACACACACAAAGGGCUUUACAUGUACAAACGGCUAGUGUAUGGGUUGUCGUCGAGCCCAGGAGUAUUCCAGAGGCGGUUAGAGCAAUUGUUUGCUGAUAUACCACGUGUGGGAGUGUUUUUAGAUGAUAUUAUUAUAACAGGAAAAGACACACGGCAACACUUAGAUAAUCUACAUAAAGUUUUUGAACGCCUUAAGUCCAGUGGCUUAAAAGUAAGAAAAGAAAAAUGUUCGUUCUUUGUGGAGUCUCUUGAAUAUUUAGGGUAUGUUAUAAGUAAGGAAGGUGUUCACACAUGCAAAGAUAAAGUAGAAGCAAUUGUUAAAACGCCGAUACCAAGGAACGUAUCUGAGUUGAGGGCUUUCAUUGGAAUGGUUAUGUAUUACGGUAAAUUUAUAAAAAAUGUUAGUUCGAUUCUUACGCCGUUAUAUAAUUUGUUGCGUGCGGGGGUGAAGUACGAAUGGAGCGACGGGUGCGAGGAAGCCUUUGCGCGGGUUAAACGGGCGCUGAGCACGAGUGAAGUGCUUGUGCAUUACUCACUGGAACUGCCGCUGGUGUUGACGGCAGACGCGAGUGCCACAGGAAUCGGCGCCGUCAUCUCACACAUCACGCCGGACGGCGAGCGCCCCAUCGCGUACGCGUCACGGACGCUUAAUUCCGCGGAAAGAUCAGUGGUAAUUCCGCCCACUCUUAGGAACACAAUUCUGAAGGAGCUUCAUGUUAGUCAUAUGGGCAUAGUUAAGACCAAGUCGAUGGCUCGAAGUUUUGUAUGGUGGCCCAAUAUAGACACAGACAUCGAAUCAACGUGCCGCUCAUGCGAAACAUGUGCGAUGGAAGCAACUGCGCCGCCGCAGGCUGCUCCACGUAGUUGGCCAUAUAUAACCCAGCCGUGGAGUAGAUUGCAUAUAGAUUUCCUAGGACCAUAUCGGGGAAAAACAUUUUUCGUAAUCAUCGAUUCCAGCACAAAGUGGAUUGAAGUUUUUGAGAUGAAUAAAACAAACGCCACGGCGGUCGUUAAGGUUAUGAGGUCGUUAUUUGCUCGAUUCGGUUUGCCGUUGGAAAUAGUUUCAGACCAAGGGCCGCCAUUUACUAGUGCAGAGUUAGGGGAGUUCUUAAGAUUGAACGGCAUCAAGCAGUCAUUUUCGCCAGUAUAUCAUCCAGCAUCGAAUGGGGCAGCAGAAAAUGCUGUGAAGCUAUGUAAGCGAACCAUAAAAAAAGCGAUCCGAGAUUCAGUAGACAUCGACACAGCUUUACAAACUUACCUAUUAGCUUAUAGGAAUAGUAUUCAAAGCACUACAGGGGAAAGCCCCGCCAUGUUAUUGCAGCGUAGACCGUUGCGUUCUCGGUUGGAUCUUUUGCGCGCAGACCGUGCACGCCAGGAGCGGGUUGAUAGGGUGCAGCGCCAGCAGAUGUUGAGUUCAGGUGCUGAACCCACGCAACAGUACGCUGCUGGUGAGACCAUAUGGGCUAGGAACUACGGUAGCUCAGACAAAUGGAUGAAAGGAACGUUAGUCAACCAACAGGGUUCGCGGAGGUAUGUGGUAAAGGGUGAUGAUGGUCGACUUCUUACACGGCAUAGUGAUCAAAUCAGGCUCAGAACUCGACGUUCAAGUUUAGUGUACCCAGAAUUAAUAUCCGAAGAACGGGUAGGUGGGGGUGUCGUUGAGCAGCAGCAGCAGCAACAGCUAUCCCCGAGGAUAUCGAACGCAAAGGUUGGCGAGGGGGCGGGGAGUGGUGAAGCAGGAAGCGAGGACUUAGUAGUGAGUGACGUACCGGAGGAAACAGCUAGUAAGACCUCGCCGGGCCGUGAUACGCCGCCGCUGGCAACUGAUAGCAAUGUCGCGAGCUCCGUGAGUCGUCCUACCCGCGUUCGCAGGAAACCAAUCAGAUAUGGGUUCGAGUUUGAUUAG